UAGUUUACAGCAUAAGAUUAAAUUAUUUGACUCUAUAUAUAAACAAAAAAGUGCAAGCAUUAAUCAAUCUACAUUUAAAUAAAACAAACUUGUGCAUAUCACAAUGGCUUGCAGAAAUUAUUUUCUCAUCAUACUAUUAGUUAUAGCUUCGAACUUUUACAUUAUAAAUUGCAUAAAAAAUCACAAAUUGAAAUCACACAAACUAUUUCAACCUCCAGUUUUUAUCAAGACCGAGUAUGGGGAUGUCUAUGACUGUGUAGACAUUAAUAAACAACUUUCUCUUAGUCAUCCUGCACUUGCAAAUCAUACAAUUAUGUUAAAACCAAAUAUGGAUCACGAAAAUCGUAUGCUAGCUAAUGAACUACGGGAAAAAUCAAGUCUAGGGUUGAAGGAAGGUUGUCCAUCGGGAAGUGUUCCUAUUCGUCGCUAUGGAAGAGUUAGUGAUCUUAAGAGAAACUCAUGGAAUCAUGGAUUGGAAUUUGCCGGAGUAUAUACAUCAAAAGGAGAAUACCAUGGAUCUAGAGCGAUAAUGAGCAUUUGGCAGCCAAUUGUUCAUAUUAAUUCUAAAAGUUAUAGUUCUGCUAUGAUUUCAUUUGAAAGUGGUGAAGGUCCUGGCUUAAAUCAAAUACAAGUUGGAUGGACGGUGAAUCCGAAUUUGUAUCAUGAUAACAAUGUCCGGACAUACACAUCAUGGACUACCGACAAUCAUCAAUUGACAGGCUGCUACAACAUGUUAUGUCCAGGAUUUGUGUUAGUCAGUCCUAAUUUCCCUCUUGAUAUGGUUCUAUCGCCAUCUGAUCCUUAUAAACGUUUACUCAAUGAAGUGCAGUUUGAUGUUUCUCAGGACCAAGAGACCGGAGUUUGGUGGCUUGGAAUAAAUAAACAGUACAUUGUAGGUUACUGGCCAAAGGAGCUAUUCACAAACUUGAACCAACAUGCUGAUACCGUAAGAUGGGGCGGAGAGAUUUUCACUCCCUUAUCUGAAGAAAGAAGCCCUCGAAUGGGAAGUGGACGUUUUAAAGAUUUCAAUUAUGAUUUGACAAGUUCCAUUAUAGAUAUCAAUCUUCUUAAUUCGAAGUUCAAUACAAUUAUCCCAGAUGAAUCUAUUAUUCAAAUUAGUGAAUCACGUUGCUUCCGUGAAGAUGACCAGUCUUACAAGAAUGAUAUUGGUUAUAGUUUUGUGUACGGCGGCGGAGGUGGAACAAAAAGUAUGUGUCUUUCGCCGAAUCGUUAGCCACAUGUGUACAUUUCAAUUAGUUCAAUCUGUUUAAUUAUCGAUUCAAUCAGUUAAAUAAAUAAUAAAAUUAUUUGUUCGUCGUAUAUAUAAAAUUA